AGGGUCCGACUACUUCCGGGUUACGGUACAGAUUUGUCAAAUAGCUCGUGCAUGGCAUGGCUGACAGGGCUAGCUAACGUUCCAGCCAAAGAUCCAGGGAGGACAUUUUUUUAUUAGCCUGUAACUGAAGUUUAACCGUCGGAUUGAGGAGGAACUCCGUCUCUCCUGACUCCCUGAGCCGCUGUUCUCUCCCCCCGAGAGCAGAUUUUCACAUUUGUCAUUGCUCGAGUAGCUAACUAGUUAACGUUGCUCUUUGAAAAUGGCGGAUCUACCACCAGAGAAGAGUCUGGACGAUUUCUUUGCCAAGCGGGAUAAAAAGAAGAAGAAAGAGAAAGGAAAGGGGAAAGAGUCCUCGGGCGGGGCGCCUGCGUCUGCUCUGAUAAAGAAGACGAAGAGGGAGAAGGAGAAAUCGUCGAAUAAAGACAAUCAAGACGCACAGAUCGAGAAGGAGGAUGAGGAAUGGAAAGAGUUUGAGCAGAGAGAAGUGGACUACAGUGGGCUCCGGCUUCAAGCUUUGCAAAUAAGUGACGAGAGAGAGGACGAUGAGUACGAGAAGGAGGAAGUUGGUGAGGAUGGAGAAAUCAUUCUGGUUAGCGGAGACAAAUUCUCUGGUCCCUGGAACAAGUCUGGUGCUGCUCCAGCCCCAGUUGCUGCACCCGUGGAGGAAGUCGAGGUGCCUGAGUCGAAGCCUGCAGGUGUAUAUCGCCCUCCAGGGGCUCGACUGACCACCUCCAAACGCGCACCAACCCAGGGGCCUCCUGAGAUCUUCAGUGACACACAGUUUCCCUCUCUACUGGCCACAGCCAAGCACGUGGAAACGCGCAAGGACCGAGAAAUGGAGAAGACCUUCGAGGUGGUGAAACACAGGAACCGUGGCAGAGAGGAGUCCGGUGGCGCUUCUAUGCAGCAGCUGCAGCUCGACAACCAGUACGCCAUCCUGGGGGACAAGUAGAGCCGCUCCCCUCUGUCCCCCUGGCCCCUUCAGCACGGUGCAGCCCAGCCCCUCGAAGGAAGCUGAAUCCAGCUGUUGACUGCAGUCCUGCCAACAUCACCACACUGGCUACUUACACACACACACAGCCACAUUUUAAUAAAUACAUACAGCAACACCACUGCAGCACACACACACACACAGAUACCCCCUUUAAAUACAUGAGCAACACUCUCUCCAUGCAUUUGGUUGGCAAAACUGAAGGACUGCAUCUGAAGGGGCUGUUGAAAGAGGGAGUAAUUGAAAAGGAAUUAGCAACAAACACCCAAACAUAUAAAACUGCAGCAGCAACAAAAGGCGACGUAGUUGUCCUUUGUGGAUUGUACUCAGAGCAGCAGUUGUGUGGCGCAACUUUUCACCGGACCUCAACCUGCUUCGACAAAGCCACAGAGGAUUGAAGAUAACUUUAGGCAAGAUGAUUUUACAAACUUCUGUGAAAAUAUCUAUUUUUUUGCAAGAUCGUUCUAACCCAAUCGCACAUGGUAUUUUGGGGUGGUUUUUUGAGUUGCGGUUGGGGCUUUCGGGAGUGGGGAUACUACCUCAGCAGUACAGCUGGUGGUGAUGAGGAUGAUGAUGAGGACUGAGCUUUUUAUUUUUGUGAUGGUGGUGAAAGAAGCGAAACACCAACCCUGCUUCCCCCACACAUACACACAUACACACACACACACACACAUAGAAGCUGGCCAUCGGGCUCUUUGAUUUAGAAACUUGAAGCUUUGUUUCUUUCCCAUCAUAUUUGAUGACACACUGCAAAGACCUACGGAAGAGAAGCGACAGGUAGUGGUCCUCAUUUAGAGUUUCUAUAUAAAGUGGCCUUACUGAUAGAGAGAAACUGCUUUGUCAUCCGAAGAGAACUUUGCUUGUUGUCUCACAGGACGCCGCCCGUCUGGAUCUCACCACUCUGAUGGAAAAAAAUCCCGUUUUUAAACAAAAUCCUAUUUUGUUCAGGAAUGUAGUGCUGUUGAAGUUUGCCUGAUGAUUACAAUUACUAACUUUUUCUCUCAUAUCCAUUCUUAUAUUUUUCUGCCCUUACUUUAUUUUGGUCUUCCUGUUUUCUGACACCAAAAAGGAGAUAUUAAAGCACGUUUGUGAUCCAAAAGUAUUCUUUUGGUAACAAAUGUUUCCUGUAGUUUGACACCAGAUGGUCACAGAUGUUACAUUAUGAAGAAGAAUGACGGGAAACCAAUUUAGAGGCGUAUUUGUCGAGGUUGUUUGGCCACAUUGAGUUCACAGCCCAGUUUUAGCUUUCUUUUAUUGAGGUUUUUCCCACCCCUGAGUGGACUCGCUGUCAGACCUGUGUACAACAGGUCUGGUUGUGCACUUCAAGAGAGUAACGGGGACAGUCACCAAACCGAUCCACCUACAUACAAGUGAAACGCUCAGUUAAAAUCAGUUGGGUUUUAACCACAAGCAUUGUUACGCUGAGAAAGCUGAAGAUAACUGGAUAUCAUGUUCUUGUGUGUCUGUCCUCUCCAUCAAAGAAGUCGGGGAGGGUCGAUCCCUGUUAGGACACUUUUGGUGGACGUAGAUAAUAUUUGUAAUGAAAAAAGAAGAGCCUAACAUAAAAAAAUAAAGUGAUCCUUGUGACUGAAGUCUUGUCUGAAUCUGUAGAUGUGGAAAAGUGAGAUUUCAACCUUAAUGUCAACCCGCCUCUCCUCUCAUGAUCCCUCACCUGCUCCCCGAUGUGUCUCAUGUUGUCCAAAAAGGUGUUGACUUUGACAAACCGUGGAGGAAUUUGUGCAAGUUGCAGCUCUUUUUGAAAAGACUUUUCAAAUGACCUCAUACUAAGCAAAUUAACAAAUAAAAAUCUUUCCUCACA